CCUCGCCACUUUCUCCAGCCAAGAAGCUAGCUUUGCCUUCCCAGCUUUACUCUACAAGCAUGUCCUCAGACGUGCAGCCGUGUGAUGAAGCGGACCAACUAACUACCAGAGAGCUCCGGACGAAGGAAACCCGCGGCACGAGUAGCAGAAAAGUCUGAGAGCAGGGGCAUCUCAAGUUGACCCCAUCUGGAGACUUCUACCUGGGCUGAACACAAUGGAGACUGUUUGACAGUGGAAGUGGAGGUUUACUGUACAGUAGCUCAGGCGGACUUCCUCACUCCUUCAUUACAUGCAGUGAGCCCAUGCCACUAACAGUUGCAAACGUGAUUCAAAGCUUAAAUUCCAACUGAAUAGAAGAACAUCCCCAAGACCAGAUGCAAUGGAGAUGUUCAAUUUCACCAACUUCACCUACUGGAAUGCCUCUGAAGGCAAUGACGCAGGGCCUGUCAUUGAACCUGAAAGCCCAUACAAGACUGUGGAGGUGGUGUUCAUUGUAUUGGUGGCUGGGUCCCUCAGCCUGGUCACCGUUAUUGGAAAUAUCCUGGUCAUGCUUUCCAUUAAAGUUAAUAGGAACCUACAGACUGUCAACAACUACUUUUUAUUCAGCCUUGCAUGUGCUGACCUAAUCAUCGGGCUGUGUUCCAUGAACUUGUACACAGUUUACAUAGUGAUUGGCUACUGGCCCUUAGGGCCUGUGGUGUGUGAUCUGUGGCUAGCCUUGGACUAUGUGGUGAGUAACGCAUCUGUCAUGAACCUACUCAUCAUCAGUUUUGACAGAUACUUCUGCGUCACAAAGCCCCUCAGCUAUCCUGUCAAAAGGACCACCAAGAUGGCAGGGAUGAUGAUUGCUGCUGCCUGGGUCCUCUCCUUCAUUCUGUGGGCCCCGGCCAUCCUUUUCUGGCAGUUCAUCGUGGGCGGGCGGACAGUGCCUGAGAGGGAGUGUUACAUUCAGUUCUUCUCUAAUGCAGCAGUCACCUUCGGCACGGCCAUCGCAGCCUUCUACCUGCCCGUUAUCAUCAUGGUCAUUCUCUACAUACAGAUCUCUAUAGCCAGUAAAAGCCGGGUGAAGAAGGAGACCAGGAAGCCGUCAGGUCCCAACCCAGAGGCCCUGUCCACUGAGCAGGCAAGGGGCAGUAAUGCUGUUAAGCCCAUCAACAACAACGUGACAGCAGUAGACACAGAGCAGGGCAGGACCCAGGCCACAGAUGACGUGGCCAACCAGCAUGACGGCAAACUGCAGAACGGCAAGGGCCCGUCCACCACGGGUGGAGAGGGGGAGAUGGAGGGCAAGGAUGGGGGCAGGGAGAACUGUGCCCACGGAGAGGAGAAAGAGAGCUCCAACGACUCGACAUCUGGCAGUGCAGCUGCGUCCAACCACAAAGACGAGGAAGUGGUGCCAUCCAGAGCAAACUGCAACGCCGAGCUUGUUCAGCAUCCAACCCGCCACCGGGCCAAGGCAGGCGGCUCCAAACUCACCUGCAUCAAGAUUAAGACCAAUUCUCCCAAGGGGGACUGCUACACGCCCUCCAACACCACGGUGGAGAUCGUCCCCGCCACGGAGAAGCAGAACCACGUGGCGCGGAAAAUCGUGAAGAUGACCAAGCAGCCGCCCAAAAAGAAGAAAGCGCCACCGUCUCGGGAGAAGAAGGUGACCCGUACCAUCAUGGCCAUCCUAGUGGCCUUCGUGGCCACCUGGACCCCUUACAAUGUCAUGGUGCUCAUCAACACCUUCUGCUCCAGCUGCAUCCCCAGCACGGUCUGGACUAUCGGCUACUGGCUGUGCUAUAUCAACAGCACCAUCAACCCCGCCUGCUAUGCCCUCUGCAAUGUCACUUUCAAAAAGACGUUCAAACAUCUCCUCCUCUGCCAAUACAAAAACAUUAGGUCAGCUAGAUGAAUACGGCUGUGAGUGUAUGUGUGCGUGUGCAUGUGUGUGCGUGUGUAUGUGCGUGCGUGUGCGUGUGUGUGUGUGAGAGAGGUUUAUGAUGCGGUUCCUUUUCUUUGUUUCAACUCUACGGCUCAUAAGACAACACGUAUCCUGCAGCCAUGUUGGGUUUGACUCUGAUGUAUGAGAUUUGUGAUGCAACUGUUGAGACAUAAGACUUAGAAAGAAGCACACAGCCAGGAGAACAAAUAGACAGAACAUGAAAAGGAUAGAGAGCUCUGCACUGCACAAGACCAAUUCUAAGGGAAAAUAGGGCUGAUUGAAUUCACAACCUCCCGUUUGAAAUUCAGUGUAAAAAAAAAAAGAAACCUGUACAUAUCAAUGUAUACGCAAAAUGUAAAUGUGUGUGUGUGUGUGGGUGUGUGCAUCUGUCUGAGCGUGACAGAGUGAUCCAUCACACAGUUUCAGUGGAGAUGUCCGCCAGAAACGACAGCACAAGGACAUACAGUACAUACUACAAGCUGUUUCUGUAUGCCAGUGGCACUCUGUGUUGGAGGCAUAUGAAGCGGAGCAGCUUGUCUAAAUUGCCUCUCUGGCAUGUUCAUAUACGAUUGAGUAACAUGGCUGGGAGCCCUCCUAUCUCCAGCAAUGGACCAUAAGAGGCCCCUGAAGGGCAUAGCAGGACAGAGACCAGGGCUGACCAGGGUCACCAGCCACCACAAUGUAGGACGGAGGUUAGGGAACUUGCUGUGAAAAAGUAUAUUCUUCCCACCAAAGAAAAAGGUGAGUAAACAAAUAAAUAGAUCAUGUAAAAAUACAUCCAAAAAGGCAUUGUUCAAGUACGUUAUUUUGCUUGUCAUUUGUUUUCUACACCAUUUUAGAUGAUAGCGAUUUUAUCUCUUACAUUUCAUGACAUGAAGAGUUUUAUGUUUAUUUGAUCAUAUAUUAAGAAAUUUUUUCUGUCAGAUUGUCUAAAAAGGGUUAUUUGGUUGUCCCCAUAGGAGAACCCUUUGAAGAACCCCUUUUGCGUUCCAUGUAGAACCCUUUCCACAGAGAGUUCUACCUAUAACCAAAAAGGGUUUUACCUGGACCUAAAAAGGGUUAUUCUAUAGGGAAGCCGCAGAACCCUUUUGGAACCCUUUUUUCUAAAAGUGUAUUGACGCUUGGAGCUUGUAAAUUCAUUCAGAGGGUGGCAGUUGGCAGGGGCUUGGAGCCAAACUCCUAUUAGAUUCUACAGGAAGGGAUCUUGUGCUUUUCCAGUGAUGAGUUGGGACAUUCCUCUGAGAUUGGUUUCUGUGACACAGGCAUGGGGAUUCUCAACAUAAUUUGAUCCCGCUAUGUUGCAGAUGUUACAGCAAGAGCCACCCACCUGUUGUAUGUCAGUCCUGACCAAUAAUGAAGCGAAAGAUUGAAGAGGAUUGUAUUUUUGUCUUGCUGUCGUCAGAGGUGGUUUGCAUUCGUUUGGUAGGGGUUACCAAGGUUGUAGAGUGAUUGAUAGAGUGUCAUAUCGUGGAGAUUUAGAUGUUAUUUCAGUGUAUGUUUCUAUUGUUAUAUACUAAUAAUCACAGGCCAUGGCCUUGUGAAUUAUAAGGGCUACUUGAUGUUAGAUAUAGUAAUUCAUCUACAUUUGUGUGUUUGUUUGUUUGUGUGUGUGUGUGUGUGUGUGUGUGUGUGUGUGUGUGUGUGUGUGUGUGUGUGUGUGUGUGUGUGUGUGUGCGUGUGCGUGCGUGUGUGUGUGUGUGUAUUUCAUCACAUGAAUAUAGAUUAAGUUGUAUGUAUUGUUUAUGUAUGUUAGUUUUACUGUGAUCACGGUCUAAUGACUUUAGAAAUAAUACGAUACUAGAAUUCCCAUGUUUAUGUGCCAUACUGUUCGUGUCCAUGCAUUUCGUCCACUCUGAAUGCUAAUCUCCAACACAGUCCAUUUAUCUCUAACAUGCUAAUGUAUUCCAAUUUAAUUAAUGAAUAUAAAGCAGCCAUGGGAUGGUCGCCACGUUGGUUGCUAGGGGGGCUUAACAGAAAAUUACACCCGCAUUGAGCAGCCCUUAAAAGGCAGUCUCCUAAAAGAGAGAUAUGGGACAGGCCUAUAAUGGAAACUCACCAUGAGCCUGAUCAGAUUAUAAAAUGAUGUGGAACACCUACUGGAGAUUAAAGAUUGGCCAUUACACGCUGGGUUUACACAGCCCCUCCCCUCCCGUACCACUUAGUGUCCCACUCGCUCCUGAUCCCGUUAUGUGUGACUGUGACGUCCCCUAUAUCAGGGCAUUGUUUAAAGGCAUUUACUAUCUCUCUCUCUCUCUCUCUCUCUCUCUCUCUCUCUCUCUCUCUCUCUCUCUCUCUCUCUCUCUCUCUCUCUCGGUCUCUCUCUCUCUCUCUGACAUUGUCCCCCAGUGUCUCCUCCCCCUUAAUGACACUGUUAUGACUAACAUCGCCCCCAAUAUCAUAAAGAUAAAAGACAACGCAACCUACUGCAAAUUCACUAGAGGCGUCAAAAUAACACAAAAUUGAGGUCAUGAGUAAUUAUUAAUACAUUCUGCUUUUAAUGGAAAUAGUGAUGGCAAAGGAAGUGCAAGAGGAUGAUGCAAUCUUCCUUAUUUAAAUGCAGGUUAUCCUCUGGAAGCCUGGCACGUAUAAUUCAGUCAAUCUGUUUGACUGCACGAGCCCAGCAGUGUGCGCGAGGCAUCCAUCCAAGUUCACAAUCCAGCCAUCCGUCAGGUUGAUAAGUGGACCCAUGUCUGGGUGUCAUCUGUCACACGUCUCAGUGGUUGGUGUUGCUAAGAGCCUCCUAACUUCCCAGAACGGAAUGUCUGAUUCAUCUCAGGCUAAACUGUUGUUUGAGUGAAACCAGCAGGAAAGUAAGUGCUCGCCAACACAACUGGUGGUCUGGGUCUUUUUUGAGAACAGUUAUCAGGGUGUAUGAUGAAAAGUGACAGCCAAUUAUCACCUAUGGAUGGACGGGGUUCACCGCCCCCAGACAAGAUUGCUGUCAAACACUGCGUCUCAGCGGAAUGCUCUUUCAGCUACUUUCAGACACAGUGGAAAGCUCACACCCUUUAGCACUCCUCACCCGUCAACUGCAUAUUGUUUGACUAAUAGGACAAAAUAAAUCCUGCGGUGUCCACUUUGUACGGCCCGAUAAACCAGCCUUUGUAGUCACAGUUGCAGAAAGGUGGCCUGUCGUCCACAGGAUACACAACACGCUCUCGCAUCUUAGGUACCAUGUUUGGAUACUGUCAGCCAUUUCAGACAGGGUCAGCCAAAGGUUUCCACAAAAUAAAUGACCCAUCCUUCAGGAAUCACACACCUCUGUAUAGUCUAGAGAAUGAUGGAAACAAAAUGAUGGAGAACAGUAACUCUCAGAUGGAUUUUGGCUAGACUUUUUAUUACCAUAAUGUAACAACAGGACAUAGCUCUCUGUCCGUGUGGUGGGGUGUAUUUUUCAUCGAGUGGAUUCACUUGUCGGCGUACAAAGAGCCUCAUUCCACUGUUAUAAUUCCCUCUCAUCACAUAAACAUUGUCUCCAUGGCGUCAACAGAUCAUCAUGUGCCGUCUGAGCUAGCUGGGCUCCUCUUCACACGGCUUGUUUCAAAGGGCUAAACCUUUUUAGGGAGAUUUAUUUCUCCCUAAAUGUAUGAUUGUGGUUGAUUUUUUUGGUUUAUUAGUUAGUUAGUUAGUUAGUUAGUUAGUUAGUUAGUUAGUUAGUUAGUUAGUUAGCUAGAGUUGUAUUGUUUUUAUAGUGUACUUGACAAAAGUGUGAAAGAGUAUUUAUUUAGAUUGUGGUCUGUUCUUGAGCAGAGGGUAGUUACCCAUUGAGAUGGGAGCAUCCUGAGUCUCUGUUUCCAGUUGAGAUAGUUGGGCUACUUCUGCCACUUACAGCCAUGUUUCCAAGGCGAUGUGGUAUGUGAAGUGUAUCUGAAACAGACAAUAUAUCGGCACAUUGUAUACUGAGCAAUUUCAAGUGCCUUAUUACUUAUUACCCAUUCUUAUAAUUGCUCAUUGAUAUUUAAAUUGAUGUCUUAUAUUUUCAGUUGAUGAAAUCUUUGUUAGAUGGUGGUGCAAUUUAAGGUGACAGUCAUGGAUGUAGAAAAGCACAAGAUCUUCUAAAGCCUAAUAGAUUUAUCUUCUCCUUCUUCAUUGUGGUCAUGGAAGGCACAGGUUCAGUAAAAGGGGGAAAACAUUUAUCUAUUUCAUCCCCGGAGGUUUGGAGGGUUCUUUAGCGUGUGUGUGUGUGUGUGUGUGUGUGUGUGUGUGUGUGUGUGUGUGUGUGUGUGUGUGUGUGUGUGUGUGUGUGUGUGUGUGUGUAGAAUCUGAGGGAGCACAAAGUAUGUCAGGUUGGCUGGUGGGUGGUCCUGAGGGGGGCUAUGCCUCCCGUCCAGAAGUUAGAGAAUUUUGCAUUUUUCAAACACCUGAAACAGUUUUAUUCUGCAAUCUAGAGCCAUAAUCAUUAUGCUUAAUUCUAUG